CUCGCGCUCCGUCCACUCCCCCUCGGGGUUCCUCCGGUGGUGGUUGCUGCUGCUGCUGCUCCUGCUCCUCCUGGUCUCUUGCUUCUCCCUCCGCUGCCCCUCCGGCGAUGGCGGGCGGCGUCGGCUGGCUGGCUUUCCUCUGUGGCUGGGCUGCAGCGGUCUGCGCGCUCCGGGAGGGCACGGAGGAUCCUGAGCCCGGGGACCCCUCGGGGCCCUGCCCGCCCUGCCCGCGAGUGCUGGGCUUCCGCCUGGAGGACGGCGCCUCGGCCUCGGGGGGUCUGGUGCGGGCCCCGCCGGGGGCCACCUUCCGCCUGCGCCUCUACGGCACCGGGCUGCACAACAGCAGCUGGCCCUGGGGGGCCUUCGUGGCCGAGGAGGCGCCCUGCGCGGGGGACCCUUCCUCCUCCUCCUCCUCCUCGGGUGCCCCGCAGGUCCUGGCCCAUCACGUCCUGCCGGCCAGCGAGCACGCAGGGCUGCUGACGGUGCGUGUGGCCCCUGGGGGGCCCUGGGGCCGCUACCGGCUCUGCACCCCGGCGGGGCCCGGCCGCCCCUGGGCCCCAGCAGCCCCCGGAGAUGCCAUCCUGGUGACGGAGGAUGAAGGCGGAGGGCCCCGGGUGGCGUCCGAAGUGUGCCCCCCGCCGAUACAGCCCUGGCUGCUGGGCACCCUGGUGGCCCUCCUGCUGGCCCUCCUGGCCCUCCUGCGUGCCUUGCAGCUCAGCACCCUGUGGCUGGACCCGGCUGAGCUCUACGUGCUGCGGGACUGCGGCUCCGAGGCCGAGCGAGGGGCCUCCAAGGCGCUGGAGCCCGUGCGCCACCGGGGCCCUUUCGUCCUGUGCUCCCUGCUGCUGGUGAGCGCCUUGGCUCAAGCUGCCGUUGCCGUGCUUUUCUACCGGGCCGUGGGGGCCCUGGCCCCGGCCAUCCUCAGCGUGGCUGCCUUGUCCUUCCUGCUGGCAGAGGUGCUGCCGUUCGCCAUCAGUUCCCGCUGGGGUCUGUGGCUGGCGCCGCGGGGCCUGUGGCUGACCCAGUUCUUCAUGCUGCUGACCUUCCCUGUCUCGCUGCCGCUGAGCCGGGUGCUGGAGCUGGCCCUACGGCAUGAGAGCAGCACUUACCUUUUGCGGGAGAAGAUCCUGGACAUGGUUCGCAACAGUGACCCUUACAACGAGUUUGUACGGGAGGAGUUCAGCAAGGGGGCCCUGCGGAACAAGACGGUGGAGGACGUCCUGACACCGCUGGACGAGUGCUUCAUGCUGAACGCCGAUGCCGUGCUGGACUUCAACAACAUGUCCACCAUCAUGCAGAGUGGCUACACCCGCAUCCCGGUGUAUGAGGAUGAGCGGACCAACUUGGUGGAUAUGCUGUAUGUCAAGGACUUGGCCUUGGUGGACCCAGAUGACUGCACCCCUCUGAGCACCAUCAUCAAGUUCUACAAUCACCCGCUGCACUUUGUCUUCAAUGACACCAAGCUGGAUGCUGUGUUGGAGGAGUUCAAGAAAGGGAAAUCCCACAUGGCUAUUGUGCAGAAGGUGAACAACGAAGGGGAAGGGGACCCAUUCUACGAAGUCAUGGGAUUGGUGACCCUAGAGGACGUCAUAGAAGAGAUCAUCAAGUCGGAGAUCAUGGAUGAAUCAGACGACUACAGGGACAACCGGUUGAAGAAGAAGCCCCCUCCCCUGGGAAUGCUGAUUGACCACCGGAAAGAAGAUUUCUCCUUGUUCAAAGUUUCUGACAACGAGUACAAAGUAAAAAUCUCUCCUCAGCUACUCCUGGCUACCCAGCGCUUCUUAUCUCGAGAGGUGGAUCUCUUCAGCCCAGGCCGAAUCUCGGAGAAGGUCCUGUUGCAUCUCCUGCAGCACCCCAGCGUCAACCAAGAAGUGAAGUUUGACGACUGCAACCGCUUGGCCGCUGAACAUUACUUGUAUCAACGCAACCAACCGGUCAAUUACUUUGUGCUCAUCCUGCAGGGCAGGGUGGAAGUCGAGAUUGGGAAGGAAGGACUGAAGUUUGAAAACGGCGCCUUCACCUAUUAUGGGGUCUCUGCACUUACCGCUCCCUCCUCAGUCCACCAGUCCCCCGUGUCCACUCUACGGAUGAAUCGUCGUGAACAGCAGGUUGAUGGCACAGAGCCCACCAAUUAUUCAGCGUAUUGCCCUGACUACACCGUUCGAGCCCUCACCGAUCUGCAGUUCAUCAAGGUCACCCGUCUGCAGUAUCUCAACGCUCUCAUGGCCUCGAGGAUACAGAACUCGCCCCAAUCCCCUGAGGCUGUGGAUCUGAAGAUCAUCCCCAGCAGCCAGACCAAGCUCCUGAAUGACAAAAAUGCAGCAACAGGGAAAAACCGAAGCAAGUUCAACCUCCAGGAAGAGUCCAGCCACAGCACGGGGGUUUGACUUCAAACAGGUGGCAUUAGGGCUGCAGGUGGGGCCGGCCCAGGAGGACCCCUCCCUCAAAACCUUCAGCACUUCUCCUGGCUUCUGCCUGGAUGGACUUCUCGUUGGGCACCUGCGUUUCCAAAAGACGGUAGGGGCCUGGCCUUCUCGGGGGAAGAGAGAGGCCCGGCUGGACUCAACGCCAGCGGCUUCCAGCGCCCCAACUGGGCUACUAUUAUGCCUAAGACAUUUGUAAGCAGAGCUUGACUGCGGAGAGUUGGUGGACCUGAGCGAAAUGUGUUGGUGGAGGAGAGCGGCGGCCAGCAAAUACAGACUCGACUCUUUUGACGUUUGUGGUGCAAACGGGAAGGUGGCUGCCAGGCCCUUCCUCCUCAUUGCCUCCUCCGUGUCAACAGGGCUCUCUCUCUCUCUGUGUUUCUACCUUCCUGCCAUGCUAAUCCCUUAAGGGCUCCAGAUGCUCACUUCUCUUUAAAAGCACUUGCCGGACUCUGCCAGAUUUUGCGAUAACAGCCUCAAUGUUCGUUUCUGCCACCUGUCCUUGCCUGCUUGGCUACAGGCCCUGGUCUCGGCUCUGGAACCGACCCCAUGGGCCUGUCAUCUUGCCAGGGUCCCGAUGUCCUGCCUUGCAGACCCGGGUUGCAAGCCAUGACUCUUGGGAGUCCCCAAGCUCACCUGAGUGCCUGCACCAGGCCUAGCACGCCCCCCCAGACUAGUCCCGGUCCUUUGCCUACCCCACUGCCCAAACUGUGCCAAAGACCAGCUCUGGGAAUCCUGCGCCUCUCUUCUGCCUCCUGGCAUUGGGCUUGCCAGUUUCCUGUUUGCCCUGGAUCAGCUGUUCUGGAACCGACGGGAUUUUUGCCAAGGGACUCCUGCUACAGAGGAGGGGCAGGCGGAUACUUGCCCCCCCCUCUCCAACCUGUUCUCCCUUCCAUGGCGGCCGUCCUGGAAAAGUCGAAUGGCAGGGCUGAAUCCUCCCCAUUUUCUCUGGGGCUGCCCCUUUUGCACUCUUGGGAAGGGCCCCGGGUCCCUGGCUUACCCCUGAAUUAUCUUCGGUUUUGGAUUUGCACUUCUAAGCUCUCACUGGCGAUCCCACGUUUCCCUUGGGCGAGUGAAACCCUCCGCUGAGGUUUUGGCAGAGAGACACUUCCCCCUCUCCCCUCUCGUUGCUCUACUCCACAGUAUUUCCCCUUUGGGACAUGCCCAUCCCUAAAUCUUAUUUUUUAAAGUCAAUAAAGAAUCAGAGGGAUUCUGGGAGAAACAAAUCCCGUUCCCUUUCUCUCCCUC